CAUUUCUCUCUCUCUCUCUAUAUAUAUAUAUAUAAUAUUCGGAUACACACUACUCUCACACUCUUCAAUCCUCAAAAUUGGUACAAUUUUCUCAGAGAAGGCUAGCAUUUCACCAUAAUCUGAUUGCAAAACUGGAAUUCUCGGCCUCUGAAUCCCCUGUUUCCACUGUCCUCUCACUCUGAGCGGAGACGCAUUGCAUUUCCUUGCUCUUUAGCGCUGUUUCUAAAUCCACACUACUUUUAUCAAGGUUCCAGAGUGUUUCAUCCACAUAUCCCGCAGUCUCAUGCACUGACAUACUGAAACUGUGAACUCUGGAUUACGUUGUGAAGGAUAAAUUUUGAUUUUCAGGAGUUCAAUUUGAAGAUUGAGCUGUUCUUCUUAAAUGCUGCUUCUGAUUAUAUCCCCAUUUCAGAGCUGAAGUCUAUGAAGUUGAAAUAAGUAGGUUGGAAGAUUUGUGGAGGAGUAUUGCUUUCCCAUUUGUACUAAUUGGUAAUUUAUUCCUUCCCAAUUCAUAUUCUUUCUCAAAAUCAAGAAACAGAAGAGAAAGGAUUUUUGAAUUAUGUAGAAUUCCAGCAUUUUCGUGGAGCACUAGUAGCUAAUUUAGUUGAUCCCUGUUGAUAACUUGAGUGGGUCAUUGUGAAAAAUUCCUUGCUCUUUGGAUUAAGAGGACCAAUUCACGCUAACAGAAUGAUGGGGACUGAACUAUGUUCUUCUCGGGUCUUAUCUCCUUUUCGUGAGGAGAGUGGUGAUGAAGAAUUGUCUGUUCUUCCAAGGCACACCAAAGUCGUUGUGACGGGAAACAAUAGAACAAAGAGUGUUUUGCUUGGCCUGCAGGGUGUUGUCAAGAAGGCUGUUGGGCUUGGUGGUUGGCACUGGCUGGUUCUGAAGAAUGGAGUUGAAGUGAAGCUCCAAAGGAAUGCCUUGAGCGUGUUGGAGGCUCCCACUGGGGAUGAAGAUGAUGAUUAUGACUUUGAUGACUCUAGCAGUGGUUCUGAAGUUGGUGAAAAGGACAAUCAUCAUUUUCCAACUGGCGUUGAGUACAGAAAGGUUAGCAAGCCAAGGGUUCGUUAUACAAGGCCAUGGGCAACAAAAUCAAAUAGUCGCAGUAGUAGCAAAGAUGUUGAAACUAAAUAUUGCCAUCUGUAUCAACAGAGAGUGAACUUUGCAAAACUAGGAACCAGCUCAUUGUGGAGAUAUUGGCGAAGCCACAACCUCGCAAGUAUAAGUACUCCCAACCCCACUAAGGAUCAAUUGGUUAACGCAGUACAACGGCAUUUUGCUGCACAGCGGGUCGACGAGGUGCAAGUGGUGGUGGAAUUCAUCCGUGCUGCCAAGAGACUCAGAUCAGCUGACCUGCAUCGAGAUUGAUCGGUGAAAGACUCUGUGUGUGUUCGGGUUGUAAUAUAUAUAUAUAUCCCUCUCUCUAUAUAUAAAUAUAUGCAUGCAUAUAACGUAUAUACAUAUGAACCCUAACUUAGUCCGCUAAUUAUAAACUUACAAAUGAAAGAGUGGGAGCUUCUUUGUCAGCUCACUCCCACCUCCUCUCUCGGAUCCUAACCUUGUAUUAUCAUCGGCAUUUGACCCAUCUUAUAUUUAUAACCCGUAUAUCCCUACCCCUCUACUCUUCUAGAUUGUUCUGCUCAUAUAUAUAUAUACUAUAUAUGCUUGUACGUAUUAGUGUGAGCAUGUGGGGUAUUGAAGAUAUUUUGUGGGAGGGAGGUAUACCCCCAUACCCAUACGUAUCCACCGCAUCCCAAAUAUGAUAUGUGUGCCAGGUUGUUAUUAGGUGAGUGGGGGUGAUGGUGACAGGAAGUAGGGUGUGUUGUUUCAUUGUUUGCUAGAAAGUGCAUUAAAUAUGCACCAACCAACCGUGGAGAUACUUGAUGGGAGCGAAAGGUUGAUUGGUUUACGCGCUUCAAAUAUUCAAAACAGCAUUAGUGGGUUUGGGGUUUAUAAUAAGUAGGGGUCUCUUUCUCCUCACGUUAGGUUGGUAUCAACCAUUCUCCCACUUGGCCCCCCCGAAAGAUUUGGUGGGAAAGGUUAGAGAGGCUGCUCUAGAUUUGCUUCAUUAUUGUGGUUUUUGUGGGCCCCGCCUGUCUCCUCUAUAGAGGUCUUCUACUUGUCUUUAGUUUACUAAUCCGCAUGAUUUAGCUCAAUAAUUUGUUAUCUUCAACAGUGGAGUAAGUUCCAUUUGUUAACAUAAACGUGUGGUUGGGACAUUCUUAAUAAAGACAAAAUAUGUUGCCAUACAA